AUGCAAGAACUAGCGGUGGUUCAAGAUAUUUUAGGAAAAUAUGAGUUAGUUUCAGGCCAGAAAAUUAAUCUUGAGAAAUCGGCUGUCUGUUUUAGUAAGAAUGUGGGGAUGGAUAUUCAGGCGGGGUUGCGGAAUGCGAUGGGGGUUGGUAAUUUGGUGGACUCUGGAAAAUAUCUCGGGUUGCCUUAUAUUGUGGGCCGCUCUAAACGAGGCAUAUUUAAUUCUGUUAAAGAUAGAGUUUGGAUUUGGGUGAAUGGGUGGAAGGAAAAUUUUUUAUCAGUGAAUGGUAGGGAGAUAUUGUUUAAAUCAGUGGCACAAGCUAUCCCAAUGUAUAUUAUGUCCUGUUUCCAGUUGCUUGAAGGAAUUUGUGAGGAUAUUGACUCUAUGGUGCGUAACUAUUGGUGGGGUGAGAGGGAGAACAAGUGA